AUGCAGCUGCACUGGGGGGACGUCACCCGCGAGGAGGUCGAGAUCGGCCAGACGCUGUUCGCCGAGGCCACGGCCAUGCCGCUGGACAAGGUGGCGGCCAAGCCCAAGCUCUGGGGGGACUGGAAGCGCAACGCUGCGAUCGGCGCGGCGGCGGUGACUGGAGGCGCGUUGCUGGCUGUGACGGGCGGACUGGCUGCCCCCGCCAUUGCGGCGAGCUUGACGGCACUAGGAGGAGCUGGAGUGACGAUUGGAGCGGCGGUGGGCUCCACGGUGGGGGUCACUGCUACGACGGUGCUGUUUGGAACUGCAGGUGCCGGUGUGAUGGGCAUGAAGGCAGAUACGAGGACGAGAGGAGUUCACGACUUCAGCUUUGAUCUCGUGUCGGCUGGUGACGGCAUGAAUGUGUACAUUUGCGUGUCUGGGUGGCUGGAUGACGAUGACCCGCCUGUGAGGGGAUUCCGGCGAGCGUGGGGGGACAGCAGGGAGUACCUGCGCGCGUUCUACAGACAGAGGAACCCGGAGAAGGUGGACCAGGUGGACCAGGUCAUGGAUCGCUAUAAAGGACGGGAGGACGAGUUCUUCGGGAUCUUGCGACGCAAAUACGGCAUUGAAGCGGGCAGCCCCGACAACGACCCGUUGGGUAUUGCAGAUCUGUCGCGGAUGUCCAUAGCAGACCAAGAUGCACGAUACAGCGACUUUACGAGUUUGAACAGCGACUCGAACGCGAUUUCCAGCACUACGUCUACCGCAAGGACGAGCAGUGGCAGUGGCGGCUCAGUGUGGGAGCUGGGGACCAAACACGAGCCGCUGCGCGCGUGGCGAUGGAAGGACCGCUUCCCUCAGGGUGACCAGUACUGCCUCGCGUGGGAGGAAGCAGGGCUUCGACGCUUUGGCAAGUCCAUGCGCACGUUUGCGGCCGAGCAAGUUUCACAAUACGCAACGACUGAGCUCGUCAAGUACACGGCCCUCGCGGCUUUAUUCGCUGCGGUGGCGAUCCCGCGAGUCAUCUUUCGCCUAGCAGACAUCAUCGACAACGCGUGGACAGUUACCAUGAACGCUGCAGACGCUUCGGGGAAAUUACUGGCGGAUGCACUGCGCCAGCGCGAGCAGGGCCUGCGUCCUGUUACGUUGAUCGGCUAUGGUAUGGGUGCCAGAUUGAUCUUCUCGUGCCUGAAGGAGCUCGCCAAGAGCGAGUCGCUGGACGAGGCGUGCGGAAUUGUGGAAAACGCAGUGUUGCUCGGAUCCCCCGUCCCCUUGGCACGAGACGAUUGGACCAACGCGCGUCGCGUGGUCUCUGGGAGGCUUAUCAACGGGUACUCCGAGAAGGAUUGGAUGCUGGGGAUCAUGUACCGGUACCAGGGCUGGGCACUGAACUCGGCUGGCAUCGCUCCAAUCGACAUUGCUGGCGUUGAGAACGUGGAUCUGUCGGAGAUUAUCGGUGGACACCUCGAGUACAAGAGCAAAAUUGGUGCUAUCAUGGAUCUGCUCCAGCUGGAAAGCUAG